CUCUCAUUGAGGUAAGCCAACGACAAUCCAGUACAUUUUAACCAGCUAGCUGUAGCUGUAGCUGACGACCGAUAAAUGACAGCGAUUGAACGAUAGCAUAAUAUGGGGAUUGGACAUAUAGGUUUUAACCACAUGCAUUUGGCGCUACCAUAGAAGCUCCCAUGAAUAGGACAACUGUUAUGUCAACAAGUGGGCCAUAUACACUCAAAACAACCCACUGACUGUUGGGAUAAUGGUGAAAUAUUUCUUCAAUGAGACGGAUAUUAAAAGUUCAUGGGACCAUGUUACCACUGCGUUUUGGCAGAGGUAUCCGAAUCCAUUCAGCACUCAUGUCCUCACGGAGGACGUUGUGUUCAGGGAGGUGACGGCAGAUCAUCAGCUCCGUACUCGCCGCCUUCUCACGAAGACCAACCGGCUCCCGCGGUGGGCCGAGUGCAUCUUCCCCACCAACCUUGCGAAGUCUGUUUACAUCCUGGAGGACUCGGUUGUUGACCCAGUCAGCAAGAGCUUCACCACGUACACUUGGAACCUCAACCACACAACACUGAUGACGGUGCGGGAGCGCUGCGUGUUCCAGCAGUCGGAGGAGCGGCCGCACUGCACCGAUAUCCAGCGCGAGGCCUGGAUCUCCUCCGGCAUCUACGGCUUCUCCAGACCCAUCCAGGAGUUUGGGUUGGCACGCUUCAAGAGCAACCAGGUGAAAUCCAUGAAGGGGUUGGAAUACGUAUUGGCCAACAUGCAUGGAGAAGUGCCCCAGUGGCUCCUCAGGGACCCGGUGAAGGACUCGUCUGAGAAGAAGGGGGCUGCUAUGGCCGCCACUCUGGCCUCCGCCGGCCCACAGAAGCCCAGCCAGUACGUGUGACUGGGACACGCCACGCACUGGGACUUGACCUGUAGUGGACACACACACACACACACACACACACUCACACUCACACACACGGUACGAACAAACAGAGAACCAAACGGGUGUGCCUUUCCUGUGAUUGGAGCCUUAAUGGGAUCAAGCCUGUUUAUCUAUUCUUUCUCUUUAUAUUUAUAUCUCUCUCAGUCUCUUGAUCUCUCGUUCUCUCUCGUUGUAAACGACGUAGCACUGAUUCUCAGGUACUGCACUGUGGUGCACUCUCUCUUCAGAGGGACUGUCCUCUCUUACCUCUCUCAUGAGCGCAUGACACUCAUUUGAACGCAAGGAUGCACAUACAUUUCAAUUGCACAAGAGAAAAAAAGACAAAAAGACAAAGUUUCUCAUGAGAAACACAUUAUGCUAGAAUAUUUGACACAAUUUCCAAAUAGGAAUCAUGUCAUGCAUGUGAUAAUGGGGGUGAUUUGAUUUGUUUGGAUCAGAGUGAUUUGGUCAGAUAUGAGACGUAUCUGAGGUGUGCUGGAGCACAUGGCUGCAUUCCAUGCGGAUGGAUAUCAUUGUUUUUUUUUAGUUUUUUAAUGUAUUAUUAUUUUGUUAUCAGGAGGUUCUUAGAUCUGUGUGUAUGAAUAAGUAAUUUGAGGCAUUGCAAUAUGUUUGAUUACUAAAUCUAUUUUUUAGUGUAUGGUAAAUGUUGCCUUAUAAUACGUAUGCCAUCCCAGAAGGAUGAUAGUACUUAUGGCUGGAUAUGGUAAUUUGAAACAUUAUGUCAAGGCAAUAUAGAAAUCGCUAUAAAUCUCUGGAAAACAACAGGGGCUGCAUUUUGUUUACACAUAUGAAAACAUUAACAUGUUUUUGUGCUGUGCUGUGCUGUGCUAUGCCAGGCUAAACACAUUUGUUUUGGAAAAGCUGGAAUGUGCAGGUUUGGAUUCAUGGAUUUGGUGACUACUGAUACUGUACAAUUAAAAAAGAUGAGGAACGAUUUGUUCUGUGCUAUGCAAGGCCUAUAGCCGGCAUGUGGUAUAGCUCUAAUCCACUUCAAUUCAAUUAAACAAGAACUAGCGGUUAGUUCUGUCUUUGAAAUACAUUUGACUACAUGUUUAUUUCAAAACCACUGAUGUAAGUAAAAUAUCAAUAUGUGUAUCUUCUGUGUGUGUUGAUCGUUCAAGGUUCAGAACGUCUUUGCAGCUAUCAAACAGCAGAGGGCGGUUGGUUGAAUAGGCCCAGAGUUGGCAUCCAGGGUUAGAGGUUUAUCAUGUGUUGUGUGAAUGCUGGACAGAUUCUGUUAUAGAAUACAAAUUCACAGUCUAAAAAUAAUUUUAGAGCAGGCCCCUCUGCAAUACAAUUACUUUGUAAAAUGUACCCUAUUUUACUAGUAUGCUUUAAAUUAAAGAUGUACAUGUUUAUUGAUCA